AUGUCGAACCCUCUUGAUAGCGACGCCGGCUCCGAGCUCUUUAACUCAUAUGAGGCAGAGCUCAAACUCGUCCAGGCCGACCUGUCGCAGAAGAUGGACCAGAUCCCUGAGCUAUCGGGCGAGCCGCGCAAGGCCGCCAUCAGCCAAGCCGAGCGUGCGCUCGAAGAAGCCGACGAGCUGCUCGGCCAGAUGCGCCUCGAAAAGUCUAACAUCCCCACCUCGUCCCGCGGCAAGGUCAACCAGCGCUUCCGCAACUACGAGUCCGACAUCGACGCCGGCCGCCGCAAGCUCGCCGACCUGUCCUCGGACCGCGCCGCCCUCUUCGGCGCCCGCUACACCGACGACCCCGCGGGCCCCUCGGACAUUCACCUCGAGCAGCGCCAGCAGCUGCUCUCCGGCACCGACCGCCUCGACCGCAGCACCCAGCGCCUCAAGGCCAGUCAGGCCCUCGCCAACGAGACCGAGGAUAUUGGCGCCGGCACCCUCGCCGACCUGCACCGCCAGCGCGAGACCAUCCAGCACACCCACGACCGGCUCAUGGAGAGCGAGGGCUACGUCGACCGCAGCGUCAAGACUCUGAGGGGCAUGGCCCGUAGGAUGGCUACCAACAGGAUAAUCACAAUCUCCAUCAUUACUGUUCUGGUCCUCUUGAUUGUGCUCGUCAUCUUUAGCAAGUUUAGCUACGUCGGCACGUUGCACGAGAUCAACUCAGAAGAGUCCACAGUCUCCCUCGAAAAUGUUCGAUCGUUCGGCACAGAGGGUCGCAAAGGCAGACCCGAGGCGGAGAUUGCCCCAUCUGACCAGGUUUACGAAUAUAUUGUAUUCCGCGGCAGCGAUGUAAAGGACCUCCGCAUCGAGGAGCACCCUGGCAUCAAGGAGAACAAGCCGCCUUCCGUCCCCGACGACCCAGCCAUCCUUGGUGCUCGUCCUCGUGGUGCACCUGGUGGAAACCAGAACAUGCCGCCCCGCCCCCCCCCUACGGGACCGCAGGGACAACAAUUCCCUCCCAACCCCAAUUUCCAGGCCGGUCCUCGUCCUCCAGGCCCAUGGAGUCGUGAUGGCCCUGGCCCUAUGCCCAAUCCUGCAUUUGGCAAUAUGCCAUAUUCUUACCCUCCUCCCCCGGGCUGGUUCCCUGGCCAAGGUUUCCCUCCUGGCGGUCCUCCCGGUGGUCCUCCCGGCGGCCCUCCUGGCGGCCCCGGUGCGCCUGGCCCUUGGCAAAAUCAGCCUUUCCCUCCAGGCGGCCCCCAGCCCGGCCCUGGCCCUCAAGGCCCUCCUCAGGCCCUCAAGCCUGAGCCGAAGGCUGCUGAGGCGCCCGCUAGUCAGGAUUCGAAGACGGCCCCUACGCCCCCGGUAGAAUCGAAGCCGUCGACUGCAGCUGUCAAAGCCGCCGCCUCGAACCUCGGCGCCAACGGAGCGCCUGCCCCCAACCAAAGAAGCAACAAGGUCAAUCCUGUGAUUCCUCUGACCGGAGCCGGGGCUAAGCCCUUUUCCUUGCCCAAUGUUGAACAGCGCUCAGCUCAGCCUGCCCCUGCUCCGACAGUGGCGCCAAAUAGCGUUCAAGACGCCACCAGCGCUGCUCGAGCCGCCGUUGCCGUCGCCAUGGCCCAACUUGGCAAUGGUGCAGGUAACGCGAUGGAUAACCUGACCAACAAGGUUAACGAAAUGAAAAUUAACGCUGGGCGCGCGCCCACCGCUCCUCGCGGUCGUGGCCGUGGUGGUAGAGUCACAGCCGUGGCGACCAAGGUGGAAGUUCCAGCGUCUGACUUUGACUUCGCGGAGGCAAACAAGAAGUUCAACAAGGACGAAAUCAAGUCGCCCGGCGAAGAAGCCGAAGGUGCCGAGGUCGAGGAAGCCGCCGGCACCGACGCUGCCGCCCCUGUAUACAACAAGUCUACGUCCUUCUUCGACAAUAUCUCUAGUGAAGCAAAGGACAGAGCUGCCAACAACGGCCAGAAGCCUGGAGGUCGUGAGUGGCGUGGCGAGGAGCAGCGCAAGAACAUGGAGACCUUUGGGCAAGGCAGUGUUGACGGUGGGUACCGCAACUACCGUGGUCGUGGUCGCGGACGUGGUGGUCGAGGCCGUGGUGGUCGUGGUCGUGGAGGCCGGCCUCAGCAUCAGGUAACUGGCGGCGACCUAUAG